UUUUUUAAUAAUUAUUAAUACGAUGUUUAAGUUUAUUAUUGUUUAAUAUUUAUUAUUUUUUAAGAUAAUUUUGUUUCUAGAGUAAACUAUAACGCAUGUAGAACACGUUUAGUCUUUAAUAGUUUUAAAAAUAUGAACCACAAUAUUAUUGGUCAACGUUAAUAUUGUUUGUAUUCCAGUUUUCAAUCGUCCCAAUCAUGGAUUCCAAUUCGGAAAACGAUUUUCUAGAGGAAGACUAUUACUCAGUAUUGAACCUGCCCAAAUCUGCGACACCAGAAGAGAUUACGUAUGCUUAUCGACGAUUAAGUAAGAUCUAUCAUCCUGAUAAACAUGUGGAUGAAAACAAGAAAAAAGAGGCUGAAAUAUUAUUCAAUAAAACUCAAAAGGCUUAUGAAGUUUUGAAAGAUCCUCACCAAAGGGCAAUCUAUGACUGUGUCGGGGUAAAAGGUUUAAAGACUGAAGGAUGGGAAAUUGUUCAUCGAACAAAAACCCCACAAGAAAUUCGAGAAGAAUACGAAGCAUUAGCAAGGGAUCGUGAAGAGAGAAUGUUACGGCUUCGAACAAAUGCUAGAGGUGUAUUUACUGCUAAAAUUGAUGCUACUGAUAUUUUUGAACCCAACCAAUACUUAGAUUUUGAUAAUGAAGAUGAUAGUUAUAUUUAUAUACCUUCCAUUGAAGUAUCGUCAAUGUCUAUGUCAAUGUCUACUGAAGCACCAAUUACUUUACGUGAUACAAUUGUGCUUAGUGGAAAUUUAUCAUCGCGUUCAGGUUCAGUAUCUAGUAGCUAUAAAAGACUUUUGAGUACCAAUGGAUGGGUUAAAUAUGAUGUUACUGCUGGAAAUGGCCUACAUGUGGGUGCUAAAAUAUUCAAAAUGAUAACAAAAACAAUAUUUGGAACGGUUGAAGGAAGUUUAAAUGAUUUAUCAAGUGGCACAUUAAAACCUAUUGGCCGAGUAUUGUUAGGUACAAGUUUAGGUGCCCGAACCACUGGUUAUAUAUCUCUUGGUGGUCGUUUAACAUCGAUUAAACAUACCAGUUUGUCAACUGAAGUAGAACAUAAUACUGAAAGAAGUUACUGUAUGUGUAAACUAGAAAUUGGACUUGCUCCAGCUAUAAGUGUGUUAUAUACAUGGAAAUUUAUUGAACAAGAUUUAUUAUUAAGAAUUUAUGCAAGAGCUGGUGUCUUGAAUUCAAAACUUGAAUACGGAGUUGAAAAAAAAGUAUCUAAAUUAAAUACAUUUGCAGCUACUGUCCAAAUUGAUGUAAUAAAUGGAGUUACACUUAAAAUAAAAUUUGUAAGAGCUAGUCAAACAUAUAUUUUUCCAAUUCUUCUAAGUCAUGAUAUAAUUACGCCUCCAAUAUUUUAUGCGACCUUUGUACCUUUAUUUUCAUGGUUUGUAGCAAAAAAUGUUAUUUUGGAUCCAAUCAUGAAAGAUUAUAAAAAUAGAGAAAUUAACAAACAGCGUGAAAUUAAUAAAAAAAGAAUGGCAGAACUGCGUCAAGAAGCACUGUCAGCUAUCAAUUUAAUGAUGGCUACAAUGGAAAGAAUAGUGAGGGAAGAGACUGAAAAACGUGGUUUAAUUAUUACUUUUGCAAAAUAUGGCAAUGCUGAACUUCUAAAUCAAUCCGAGCAGUCAUUUGAUAAUACUGAUACAUUGCAACCAAACAUUAUUGAUGUAACAGUCCCAUUACAGUGUUUAGUUAAGGAUUCACAAUUAAUACUCCACUCAACUACAAAAUGUCAGUUACCUGGAUUUUAUGAUCCAUGUAUUGGAGAAGAUAAAGUUUUAAUUGUUGAAUACACUCACAGAGAUCAAAAUUAUGAAGUAAAAAUUAAUGAUAAUGAAGCUCUGCGAAUACCAAGACCACAUUCUCAAUUGAUUAGAACUUCUACACCGCCAUCUUGAUUGAAGAAUCAAGUAAUAUAUUUUAAAAAUAGUUUAAUAAAUCAUUAUUAUUAUUCA